ACCUGGACUCCCACGCAAUCUAGGUCACCAGCCUCAGCGCUCUCCGCCCUCCUCCGACCUCCGUUUCUGUUGCCCUGACAACCCACUGUACACAUAGCUAGCGACAUGAACUGGGAAUGGCAGCUUACAGAAGCCCAGCUGAAAUACUGUUUUGGAUCAUGCCAACCGAGGAAAAUCUUCCCCAUCCACCACCCUCCAAACAGAAUAGGUAAUAAGAAUGUGCCUCUUGUGGGGGCACCUCACAGAGGACCUGGAUGCUACCUCCACGAAGAGAAGAAUAACCUGGCAUACAACCUUGCUAAGAUUCCUAUGAGUAAUAAGGGAUAUAUCAUUGGAUCCAGGACGAGCUCACGAUUUAAAGAAGGUCGUAAGGAGGUGAUACCCAAGGCAAUUUCACCCGACUCACUGAAAAUUAAGCCCAAAUGUGCUCCUCCUUCUUAUGCUCCAUUUAACUCCAUCUCAAAUCGAUUUGAUGACAGACCCACAGACUCAUCAUUUUUCCCUGGCCCUGGAACCUACAAUCCAGAGACCAUGUGUUGUCGUAAAGUCACUUGGCCAAUGAAAUUUGGGUCUCCAGAUUGGGCUCAAGUGCCAGUCCUAAAGAAAAGGACCCUAAAAACUGAGCUGAUAACAGACAAAGAAUUCAGGAUACAUCGGAACCGAGAGGCCUACCUAAGCCUGUAUUACAGCUGAGAGACCUUUCUGUCAUCUUGUUCAUUCCCCCGACCCUACCUAAUCUUAACGCCAUGAGACAAGGUACCCCUGUUACCCUCUUGUCCGCCAGGGUUGAACCUUCGGUGGGGAGUGGUUCAUUCUAAGUUCCAAAAUAGUACUCCUGAAAAACUCAA